UGUCUCCUUUGCUGGGGCCACCAGUUCCCGCCCCCGCCGGACAAUGCCCGUGGAGGAGUUUGUGGCCGGCUGGAUCUCUGGAGCUCUGGGGUUGGUCCUGGGACACCCUUUGGACACUGUGAAGGUGCGGCUACAGACCCAGACCACGUACCGGGGCAUCAUCGACUGUAUGGUUAAGACCUACCGCCAUGAGUCGCUCCUGGGCUUUUUCAAGGGAAUGAGCUUCCCCAUCGCAAGCAUCGCCGUGGUCAACUCCGUCCUGUUCGGGGUCUACAGCAACACGCUGCUGGCGCUCACGGCGACCUCCCACCAGGAGCGGCGGGCCCAGCCGCCCAGCUACACGCACGUCUUCGCAGCUGGCUGCACUGGAGGGUUCGUGCAGGUCUACUGCUUGGCCCCUUUUGACCUCAUCAAAGUCCGGCUACAAAACCAGACAGAGCCGAGGGCGCGGCCUCCGGGCAGCCCCCCACCCCGGUACCGGGGGCCUGUGCACUGUGCAAUCUCCAUCUUCCGGGAGGAGGGGCCCCGGGGGCUGUUCCGGGGAGCCUGGGCGCUGACGCUGAGGGACACCCCCACACUAGGGAUCUAUUUUGUCACCUAUGAAUGGCUCUGCCGCCAGUCCACGCAGGACGGCCAGAACCCCAGCUCAGCCACGGUGCUGGUGGCAGGGGGCUCUGCCGGCAUCGCCUCCUGGGUCGCAGCCACCCCCUUGGACGUGAUCAAGUCCCGGCUGCAGAUGGCUGGACAGAAGCACGGGGCGUACCAGGGGGUGCUGGACUGCAUGGUAAGCAGCGCCCGGCAGGAAGGUCUGGGGGUCUUCUUCCGGGGGCUGACGAUCAACAGCGCCCGGGCCUUUCCUGUCAACGCCGUCACCUUCCUCAGCUACGAGUACCUCCUCCGCUCGUGGGGAUGAGUCCGGCCGGGUGACGCCGGCCCCUCCCCGGCGACACCAGCGCCCAGCUGCCCGGCUCCGAGGCCGAGGUGAGAGCACCAGCCUGCGGUCCGAUUGGAGAGGCCCGGCCCUUCCUCCGGGUGAGCAGCCGUGCGGGGCAGGAGGCCCCGGGGCCUGGACUCCGGAACCCGAGGCUGACGUCAGCCCCCCAGCAGGGCUCGCCAGGAAUCUGCGAAGUCCACUCCCCUGGCCAGUGGUGCUGGCGACCUUCUGGCCUCCAUCCUGGGGCUUCACCCAUUCAAGAGUUUUUAGAGCUGGGACCCUAGGGCGCUAACCAGCCACCCCCUGGAUUCCAGCGACUGUCCUCACGGGCCUCUUCCUCACCUCCUUUCAAACUGCUCCCCGGGUGACCCCCCUGGAGAACAGCCUUCUGUCCCCUGCUGGUCCAGAACCGUUCAGUGGCUUCCUUUCCCGUCUGAGGGAGAGCCCUCCCCCCUUCCCCCCCCCCCCGCCCCCACCUCCU